AUGACCUCGUCUCGGUCUACUCUCAGCACUACACCCAAGAGAAAACACCAGCGACAGGAUUCGGAAAAUCCCGAAAAUCUUCACAAUGUGACCGCAACCAAGAAGCGUCGUCCAGGUCGCCCACUCCUCUCCUUCGCCCAACUCGCGGCCCGCAGAGCAGCGCGCAAAUCCGCGCGCCGCUCAAGACGCAACUGGAAAUUGUCCCAAUUAGCCUCACCACCGUCUGCCGCCAUCCAAUCCAAACGUCGUAAUGGAUCAUCUGCGCUCGAACGACUACCUGUCGAACUUUUGGAGCGGAUUUUUCUCUACGCGCUAGAUCCGAACUUUUGUCGCGCGUCACCGUUUCUGGCUUCUGCCGUGUCGAGUGAGCGGAUUUAUCGGACUUUGAUUCGACUUGCGUUUUUUAAAGAUGAUGAUGGUUCGAAGAUAUCUGGCGACGCGCGAGAACGGAUAGCGGAGGCAUUGAAACCGGCGGAUUAUGAGGCCAUGCCCCUGGACGAAGACGAUCGCGUCAAGUUGCAGUCUACCAUUCUGAGAUGCAGAUGGUGCACCGGACGGCGCAUCCUGGCCCAGCUUCCAGCGUUGAUGCGGAUGAAAAUUCAAAAAUAUGUGAUCGGCGCUGGUAUCGUUCUUUCGGACCCAAAGGAACAACCACAGCUUGAUAUGCUGAGCGUACAAGGCAGAUUUGCUGAUGAUAAAUCUCGCACAUAUAAGCUAUACAUCCUCAAAGGUACUGCACCGGAUGGCGGAGAGUGCGCCAUAAUCGUCGACCCUCUCGUAACUCUUAAUAUCCGUUGGACAGAAAAGGAUAUCUCAUGGAGUCAUCGAGUGAUGGAUAUACGAGUCCUACCAGACUAUCUACUACGUGGACGUCGUACAGAAGAUGACAUCGACCUUUUGGAAAUUUUCCGUCAGGAAUACGGCUUGGAUGGUACGGGUCACGACGUUCACUUCUCCAAGGGUGCUCUGGAGUCUGGAAUACGAACCGCGAUUACCAUUCGGGAUAUGCGCGCUCUCAAUUCGCUUCUCAAGGUUCACGAAUUUUUCUUCCGGCAGCGAUGGGAAACAGAUCCUCCUCUAGGAUGCGCUAAUCAACGUCCCGGUCAACGAUAUACCCUUCCCGAAGAAUUUUUCUUCCAGGCCAUUCGACUGCCGAUGCCGGAUGCAAUGCAUAUCUUCACGAGACUUUUCCGCUGCAAUGCAGAGAGCAUACCUCCUAAUUCCUCCGAGUUGACUCAGUGGGCUAUGGAUUUGGGAUAUGGCAGUCACCGCGACAACGAAAAGAUGACCGUUGACGAUCAUGACCUGGCACAAGGAUUAGGGUCGUUUUUAUUGGACUUUAUGACCGAACUGCCCGGGUAUGAUGAUGAAGGACGCAGAAUCGCCCCGGACGAAGAGCUAUUCCGAUAUGGCAUGAUCAAUAAUUUCCAUGCAUUCUACACACACAUAAUUGGAGAGAAGUACGGCCCGAUUGCUAAAUGGGCUUAUGUGGUGGAGGAAACUUCCGAAGCUGUGGUGGAUCAUUAUUCAUUUGACGCCUUUCAGAUUUGGCGUGUGUAUGUGGAUAAUGAACUGAAUACAUAG